AUGUCUCUCAAUCGCGUCUCCUACUUGGAAUCGUGGGAGCAGCACCCCCCACCCUUCAUCCGGCAGCGGAGCACAGCAUCCGCGGCGUCGGACGAUGAGGAAUCGCGAAAUAUACGCGAAUCGACAGAAGCAGCCUUUCUGUCGUCAUCGUUUCCAUCAAGCUCCCACCACCGCACAGUCCGUCACAAGCUGAGCUUUAAUCCAUAUGCGGGCCGAGGAUGGGCCCAUAGUUCGGCUGCAGAGCCGGACGAGGAGCGGAGAUCGCUCCUCCGAUCGGACCAUGGUGAUGCCAAUGGAUCAGAUCACCCAGCACCGGAGAGAGAAGGGGAAGAGGCCUUGACGGAGUUUGUAUUCAAGGAUCCAAACUGGAAUCUCGCAGAGACAAGAGGGGCAUACGAAGUCAGCAAGGGGAAGAGAAUUGCCCAGGUGUUUGUUGCCGUCAUCUAUUGCCUCUUUGCUGCUGGCCCCGUGUUUGGAUUUGCAGCCAUCAAGCCGGUCUUCAUCCGGGAAGGUGUGUACCGGGAUGAAUGUUCCAAGGAGGAGCUUGGCCACGGAGGUCUUUGCUACGGACAAGAGACACGUCUAAAUCUCAUGUUCACGAUAGCGGCAGUCGCUACGAAUAUCUGCGCGCUCCCUGUCGGAACAAUGCUCGACACGUAUGGUCCCAGAGUGAGCGGAAUCCUUGGAAGCAUCUUUAUUGCCAUUGGGGCUCUCUUGCUUGCAUUCGCAGCGCAUUUGCCCUUCGACGGGUACAUCCCGGGAUAUCUAUUCCUCGCGCUUGGUGGUCCUUUCGUGUUCAUAUCAUCGUUCCACCUUUCAAACACCUUCCCGACGCACUCAGGGCUGAUUCUCUCGCUUCUUACCGGUGCAUUUGACGCUUCCAGCGCCCUUUUCCUUAUCUUUCGUCUUAUCAACGAGGAGACUAACGGAUCGUUUACAAUCCAAAAGUUUUUUCUCGUCUACCUGACCGUACCGGCUUUUAUCUUGCUCGUCGAGAUAUUUCUCAUGCCAGGUGCAUCGUACAAGACUGCGGGCGAACUGAUGAUCCAAGCGGAGCAGAAUAUAGCAGACGAGGCCAAUGACUGCGUCGACGAGAGCAUUCCCGACCGCGAUGAAGGUGAGCGGCAGCGCCAGGAUCGCCGGAUGCGACGGCAGAACGUUAUCAGCAGCAUCCAGGACCUUCUCGACGGCAAUAGCAGCCGCAAGAUUGACGACCUCAUCUUUGAUCUCAAUGACCCUGAAUUCGCGAGCCGCCGGCGCGGCAAAUCUGUCCAAAACCAGGAAGGCUCUCCUAUCAAGCCAAACGAGAAGCAUACAGCUGGUGGUGUCUGGGGCGUGAUGCACGGUGUCUCUGCCUUUGACCAGAUCCGGUCUCCAUGGUUCAUCCUCAUCACGCUGUUCACUGUUAUCCAGAUGUUGCGGAUUAAUUAUUUCGUGGCGACGAUUCGAUCGCAGUAUGACUACUUGCUUUCACCCGAGCUGGCUCGACGACUGAACGAGGUUUUUGACAUCGCGCUCCCGGUGGGAGGGCUGAUCGCGAUUCCAUUCAUCGGCACUGUUCUCGACAAUGCCACGACCCCGAUGGUGCUCUUCAUUUUGGUCACGGUAUCUGCCAUUAUUGGCGUUUUGGGUUGCAUCCCAGGGAGCAUGAGUGCCGGGUACGCCAACAUUGCGCUGUUCGUCCUGUACCGCCCGUUCUACUACACGGCCGUGUCAGACUACGCCGCGAAAGUGUUUGGUUUUCAGACUUUUGGCAAGGUGUACGGGCUUAUCAUUUGUCUUGCGGGAAUCAGCAAUUUCGCGCAGACGGGCCUCGACGCGCUGACCUUUAAGGUGUUUGGUCGGAAUCCUAUCCCGGUGAAUGCCAUCUUGACAGUCGCCGUCAUUCUCGUCGGCACGGUGCUGGUCAGUUUUGUCUCCUGGCAGGCGGCGAGUCUGGCGCGCGCGCGUUCCGAAUCCGCCGAACAAGAGAGGUUGGUCGGGGGGAAUCACACUGGCGAACGAAAUGAUCAAUCUUAUGGCGGUGCUGACUGA